AUGGGUUUCUCUUUCCCCCCUCACCCUGCCGAACUGGUAAAGGUCUCUGCUUCCCUUGAGCGCGUGAACUCGUCCGUGCAAGAGAGAGACCCGCAUGUCCUACCGGAUUUUGAUUCAAAAAGUCUCACAAAAUCGACGUCGCCUGUGCUCUACUUACCCCCUCUUCUGUCGUCGCUCCCACAUACACUACCUCCUGCGAUUAUUGUUCAGUCUGACUAUCCCCCGCUCGUGACGGAAACACGCCUUCCCGACAUAGACCCUGCAUCGCUGUCUCUGCAUAAAGCAUUGCAUCAUUUUCAUCCCGUUACUUCGCUAUAUGCAGAGACAGACUAUGCGGACGCCUUCAAUUGGUCAGAACUCGAGCUUCCGGAGAAUGAAGAAAGAGAUUGGUACUGUGUUGUCUUCCGGAGUAAACGAAAGGCAGACAGCGAUGGUGGCCCAUUAUACGACGCAGAUAAGAAAGCACAUGAAGAAGCCGUACUCAACGGAGGCUUGAUCAUGUAUUGGUACGGUGCACCCGACCCAAAUUCUGGCAUGAACUUGGCAACAUGUAUCUGGCAAUCUCGAAAACAUGCCAUUGCAGCAAACUCACGUCCACAUCAUCUUCGGGCAAUGAAGCUCGCUGCUGCUUCAUACGAAAUCUAUACCCUUGAGCGGUAUAAACUACAAAAACUGCAGGGCGAAAAAGGAGUAUCCAUUCAACCGUUCGAGGGAGGUGAAGUUGGCUGGUAG